CGGAAUAAAAUACUUUCUAUGAAAAAAAAAAAAAAUCCUUCCUUUUCCAAAAAUAAACUUUUUUUCCUCUUUUUUUUUCUUCUUCGAUGUAUAUACACGUUUUUGAUUUACAUAAUUCCAAUAAUUAUAAUUAUAAUUCUACUAAUAACAGUGUCAUCUUAGAACCAGACCCUAAUAGACCUAUAUGUUUUGAUGAAAACUUCAAGACCGAUGAUGAUAUUAUUUACGGUUCAAAAUAUAAAUUUAAUCAGAGUAUUGAAAUUCUUAUAAAUAAUUCGAAUAGCACACGACUUGCAAAAAAAAAUCAAAAAAAUGGCAUGAAAAAAAUUCCACGUCGUCAAAAUGCGUGGAUUCUUUAUCGUAGAGAUAAAAGUUUGAACUCGGAAUUUGUUGGAUUGAAAUCCGCAUUAAUUUCAAAAGAAAUUUCAAAAAUGUGGAAUAAAGAAGAAAAAGAAACAAUAGAAUUAUUUGAAGCUUUAUCAAGAAAGGCUGCUGAGAUACAUAAGAAAAAAUAUGGUGAAAAUUAUAAAUAUAAACCAAGAAUUUUAAAGAAAUCAUCAAUAAAUAUACAAAGAAAGGAAGAAAGAAUCAAAAAUAUGCAAAUGAAGUACAAAAAUAAGAAAGUAAAAUCCUCACAAAGAAAGAAUGAAAAAGAAAAAAUUAUGGAAGAACGAGCAAGAAAUCAUCAGAAUAAAGAAUCAUUAUCUGAAUUUACAAUAAUUGAAGACCGGUUUCCUCCAACUCCUUUAACAUCCUCACCUACAACUCCUACGAAUAUGGAAUUUGAACUAAAAUUGGAAAUUAAUGCAGGACAACUCCCUCCAACUCCCGCAGCAUCUUCGCCUGCAACUCCUUCGCCUGCAACUUUUGUACCCGCAACUCCCUCCUCAUUUUCGGAAUUUGAGCAAUUACCGGAAUUAAUAAUUAAUGCUGAGCAACACUUUUUUCCAACUCUUGCAAUACCUUCUCCUUUAUCCGAAGAAUUAAUUCCGGAUUUGGCAAUGAGUGCAGAUCAGACUUUACCUUCAACUCCUUCAUCUUUGGAAUUCGAACAAUCAUCCCCAGAGUUGGAAAUUGAUAAAAUUGAUACAGAACAACUUCUUCUAACUCCUACUGCAUUUUCACCUACAACUCCCUCACCUUUAGAAUUUGAGCGAUUAUCGGAAUUGUUAAUAAAUGCAGAGCAAAACUUUUUUCCAACUCUUGAAAUAUCUUCUUCGUUAUCUGAAGAAUUAUUACCAGAUUUAACGAGCGCAGAUCAGUUUCUCCUAACUCCAACAUUUUUACCUGCAACCUCCGAGUUUGAAGAAAAAUUACAAGAAAUAACAAUGAAUACAGACCCAACUUUUGAAAUGUCCUCACCUAUAACUCCUUUACCUUUUGAAUAUGAAGAAUUAUUAGAAUUAUCACUUAAAAUAAUGAAAAAUGCAACAAAUAAAGAAGAGUUUUCUCCAUCUUCCGUAGCAUCUUUACUUACAACUUCUUCAACUUCUGAAAUCGAAGAAUCAUUAUCAAAAUUAGCAAUGAAUAUGGAACAGCAAGAUUCUUUAUCUUCCGCAAUAUUAAACUCAACUCCGUUUCUUGUAUUUAAAAAAUUGGUAUCAGAAUUUAUGAGUACAGAACAAACAGCACAAAAUUUUAAUUCCGAAGCAAUUUCCUCAUCCUUAGAGUUGGAAGAAUCUGAUUUAAGUAAUAUAACUGAAUCAGAAAAACGUGAAAAAAAUGAAGCAAGCAAUUCACCAAAAUUUGCUACUCACCUUGUAUAAAGUUAAAAUAGAAAAUCUCCCAAAAAUAUACCAAAAAUAUACAAUUUUUUUCUAUUUUACAUAUAUUU